AUGGGAGAUGAUGGGAGAAGGAAUCGUAAUAAUCGGUCUCAUUCGCCCUGUCGGACACAUACCUAUCACCGGCAGGACCGGUCACCUCGAACUUUAAGCUCCAAGCCCAAGCAAAUCGUAGGGUCGUCCACGACAGAUGUACUUACUCGUCCAUUUAAUGCGCGCGAGUUAAGCAGGCGAGAUUAUCGAGACUUCAAGCCGAUUUUUGCGCUAUACCUGGAUAUUCAAAAGGGUAUAGCUCUGGAAACUCUGGACCAGAUAGAGGUUAAAGGGCGAUGGAAAAGUUUCUUGGGAAAAUGGAAUCGCGGUGAAUUAUCUGAGGGCUGGUAUGAUCCCGCAACGCAGCAAAGGGCGUGUGAGGCUUCUUCGACUCUAGCCACCCAAGAGCCUUCAGAACAGAACGAUGUAUCGCGAAAUAAUGACGGACAUGUCAGCUGUGUAAAGGCGAAAUCAGCGCGCAAACACAAUGAUGAUUCCGAUAGUGACUCCUCUAUAGGUCCAAGGCUUCCAGAUCAUGAAUCACGGAAGUGUGGACGGCGGUCUGGACCCAGCAUCCCACGACAAUCUGACCUGGAAUAUCAGAGAGAAAUGAAUCUUACAGACGCAUCUGCGCGUCGUGAUGAGCAUAGAUUAAACCGUAAGCUCACCCAGCGUGAGAGAAAGGCCGACCUGGACGAGCUCGUUCCUCGCGCCCCACCUGGCACACGAGAGCGGCAGUUGGAGAAGAAAAAAGAUCUAAACGAAAAGCUUAAAUCGUUCCGUGAAAGGUCACCUGGUGCGGUCGAGGUUCCAGAAGCUGAGUUAAUGGGGUGUGUAGACGGGGUCGAGUCCUUCAAGAAAGAAAAGCAGGAAUUCGAGAGAAAGAAGAAUGAGCGAGAGCUCAGAAAAGAAGAAAAUUUACGGGCUCGAAUGGCUGAGCGAGAGGAACGCUUGCAGCAAUACAGGGCGAAGGAAGAGAGCACGAUGGCAAUGUUAAAGGCACUGGCAAAACAAAGAUUCGGAUAA